AUGGGGGCCAACAUGGGUAAAAGCUCAGCGUCCUUACUGGAUGCACUUCCUACACCACAAAGUAGUUUACAUGUGGUUAUGUUGGGCCUAGAUAGUGCAGGUAAAACCACAGCUCUCUACAGACUUAAAUUCAACCAGUACCUCAAUACAGUUCCUACUAUUGGGUUUAACUGCGAAAAAGUAAAAGGAACUGUUGGAAGAGCUAGAGGUCAGACAUUCCUUGUAUGGGAUGUUGGUGGCCAAGAAAAACUUAGACCUUUGUGGAAAAGUUAUACAAGGUAAAUAAAAUAAAUUCAAGUUUGAUUUAUCAUUAAUUAAUUUUAGAUUAAGACGUUUAAUUUUCUUGAACUCUUGAAUAAUUUUUAAAAUAUGAACUUUAGGUGUACUGAUGGCAUACUAUUUGUUGUGGAUAGUGUAGACAUAGAACGAAUGGAAGAAGCGAAAAUGGAACUAGCUCGUACCGCAAGAGCUCCAGAAAAUACAGGUGUACCCAUUUUAGUAUUAGCAAAUAAACAAGAUUUGCCUGCCGCACGAGAUUCAGCCGAAUUAGAAAGACUAUUAGGUUUAAAUGAACUUAAUCAUUUGUGGCAUAUUCAAGCUGCUUGUGCUAUAACUGGAGAUGGCCUUCAGGAAGGUUUAGAUGCGUUAUAUGAAAUGAUAAUAAAACGCAGAAAAUUAGCAAAACAAGUAAAAAAGAAAACUCGAUAA